GACUUCUCGGAAGGGGGCUAGGAAGGGGGCUCCGAAGGCGACCACUGAGGUUCCUGCUACUGAGGUUCCUGCCACUGAGGUUCCUGCUACUGAGGUUCCUGCUACUCAGGUUCCUGCUACUGAGGUUCUUGCUCUCUCGACGCCUGAGGUUACUGCUACUGAGGUUUCUCCUCAGUCGACGCCUGAGGUUACUGCCCACGAUACUGUUGAGCCUUCCACCUCUUCACUUGAUAUUGAUGCAGUUGAGGAGCCAUUGGAGUCGGAGUCGGAGUCGGGGUCUGAGUCUGAGAUUGAGGGUGAGGAUGUAGAGGUAGAGGAUCCGAAUAUGUCGCCGCUCCAGAGAGAUCCACUGUUUCCUGGUGGGCCGGUUGAGUUUUCACUUCUGCAGCAUUACCCGGAUCACAUAGCGCCGUGGACGUGGCAUACCCUACUAGGCACCACUGACCACCUCGUUAUUAUGAGCGAGGUUAUUUGAGGCUUGCCACUGCUGGUACGAAGCUCGGGCUGAUGACGUGUGAGGGGGACAAUUACAGGGAGGUCCACUUGAUUGUGGAGAGGAGCGGACUGUAUCCACUGGUCAGGUGCAGCUAUGUAGAGACGGACCCAGGGCUUAUAUCGGCCCUUUUGGAGAGGUGGCACGAGGAGACUAGUAGUUUCCACAUGCCAUUCGGGGAGAUGACUGUCACCCUUGACGACGUCUCCGCUCUUCUUCACAUCCCGGUUGGUGGGAGAUUCUACACUCCAGGAGUGGCCUCGAGAUAUGAUGUGGCAGAGACCUGCGCUUUGCUGUUAGGGGGGGAUGCAGAUUUGUACAUGGCUGAGUUUGAUGUGAAGAGGGGUCCGACUAUGAGGUUCAGCUUCUUGCGAGACCUUUACCCGACAGCUGUUGCAGAGGGGCGGUACGAGCAUGCAGCCAGGAUGUACCUGAUGCAUCUUGUUGGCGCGACAUUGUUCGCCGACAAGAGUGGGGGGCACUCAUUCUCCGCCCGUUGGAUCGGCAUGCUACAGAAUCUUGAGCGGGUGUCGGAGUUCGCGUGGGGCGCCAUGGCCCUUGCCACAUUGUACGACCAGCUUGGACAGUCUUCUCGCAGCGGGGUCAAACAGAUGGGCGGUUACAUGUCCCUGUUGAUGGCCUGGGUCUUUGAGCACUUUCCAGACAAGCUUGUUCGCCGGUAUGCGAACCCGUCUUACACAAAGGACCAGCCCAGAGCUUGUAGGUGGACAGAGUCACGGUCGGGGCAUGCUAGGCUUGACGAGAGGCGAGUACUACUUGAUGAGUUGACGGCCGACGACGUCACUUGGACUCCAUAUGAGGCCCACAGGGAAUGGCGACAGCGGGAUGAGAGGGCUUUGUUCUCAGGCUACAUUCGGUGUCCCUAUCCCCCUGCUGUGCGACCUCAUCUUUCGGAGCGGGUCAUGCGACAGUUUGGGUAUAUACAGACGAUCCCGCGCCACCCUAGUGAGAUGGAUAGAUCUCCCGCAGCUGAGGCUGUUGAUGCGGCAUUCGCAGAUUAUGUGUAGUACUUGUUCCCUGAGGGCGACCCUGCUAUAGAGGAGGGACAGGUUGUGGGCGGUUACAUGGAUUGGUACGCUAGAGUGUCUCAUUUUUUCAUCAUACCGAAUGAGAGGAGGAUUGAUCUCAGUGUCGUGGUAAAUUUUAAAUUUUAAUUCU